GAGGAGUGCGGCAGCGGCGGUCGUGCUGUGCAUCUUCUCGGGCCCGGUAGAGUUCGGUUGAGCGGGUGCUGGAUGGUGGGGGAGUACCACUGAUGAGAGAGAGCGGGCCGGAGAAGGGACUGUUUUAGCACGCUUUGGGGGACUAUUGCUAUUAUCUGCUGGACACUGAUAAACACUUGGGUCGGGUUUCUUCGUCUACUGCGGGAGGUGGCCAAGAGUGCUCUGCUUCUGGUUUCCAGCAGCAAUGACACAGAGGAGUGGACAGGAGGACCCAGAGCGGUACCUCUUUGUGGACCGCGCUGUGGUAUACAACCCGGCAGCACAGGCUGACUGGACUGCCAAAAGGUUGGUAUGGAUUCCAUCAGAACGCCACGGCUUCGAGGCUGCCAGUAUUCAACAAGAGCGUGGAGAUGAGGUGGUGGUGGAGCUAGCAGAAAAUGGGAAGAAGGCGGUGAUCAACAAGGAUGACAUCCAGAAGAUGAACCCGCCCAAGUUCACCAAGGUGGAGGACAUGGCUGAACUGACCUGCUUGAACGAGGCAUCCGUGCUUCACAACCUCAAAGACCGCUACUACUCCGGCCUUAUUUAUACGUACUCUGGUCUCUUCUGCGUGGUCAUAAAUCCCUACAAAAACCUGCCCAUCUACUCCGAAAACAUCAUUGAGAUGUACAGGGGCAAAAAGAGGCACGAAAUGCCCCCUCACAUAUACGCCAUCUCAGAGUCUGCAUACAGAUGCAUGCUCCAAGAUCGAGAGGACCAGUCCAUUCUCUGCACAGGUGAGUCGGGAGCCGGUAAGACAGAAAACACAAAAAAGGUCAUUCAGUACCUGGCACAUGUUGCCUCCUCGCACAAAGGAAGAAAAGAUCACAACAUUCCCCCAGAAUCACCUAAACCAGUGAAACUACAGGCACAAAAUGCAGUUAGUGGACCCCUGUUUUAUGGUGAACUGGAACGGCAGCUUUUACAAGCCAAUCCCAUCCUUGAAUCUUUUGGGAAUGCAAAGACUGUGAAAAAUGACAACUCCUCACGUUUUGGGAAAUUCAUCCGGAUCAACUUUGAUGUCACUGGAUACAUCGUUGGGGCCAACAUUGAAACCUACUUACUGGAAAAAUCCAGAGCUAUUCGUCAAGCCAAAGAUGAGCGUACCUUCCACAUUUUUUAUCAGCUGCUGGCUGGAGCCGGGGAGCACCUCAAAUCGGACCUGCUUUUGGAAGGAUUCAACAACUACCGCUUCCUGUCCAAUGGUAACAUCCCAAUCCCGGGCCAGCAGGACAAAGACAACUUCCAUGAGACCAUGGAGGCCAUGCACAUCAUGAGUUUCGGCCAUGAGGAGAUUCUGGCCAUGCUGAAAGUGGUGUCCUCAGUCCUUCAGUUUGGCAACAUCGUCUUUAAGAAGGAGAGGAACAGUGACCAAGCUUCUAUGCCUGAUAAUACCGCUGCUCAGAAGCUCUGCCAUCUGCUGGGGAUGAAUGUAAUGGAGUUUACCAGAGCCAUCCUGACUCCCAGGAUCAAAGUGGGGAGAGACUAUGUCCAAAAAGCUCAGACUAAAGAGCAGGCGGACUUUGCUGUCGAGGCCCUGGCUAAAGCUACGUAUGAGCGUCUGUUCCGCUGGCUUGUGCAUCGCAUUAAUAAAGCCCUGGACCGAACCAAACGGCAGGGUGCCUCCUUCAUCGGUAUCCUGGACAUUGCUGGUUUUGAGAUCUUCCAGCUGAACUCGUUUGAGCAGCUCUGCAUCAACUACACCAACGAGAAGCUGCAGCAGCUCUUCAACCACACCAUGUUCAUCCUGGAGCAGGAGGAGUACCAGAGGGAGGGGAUCGAGUGGAGCUUCAUCGACUUCGGCCUCGACCUGCAGCCCUGCAUCGACCUCAUCGAGAGGCCGGCGAACCCUCCAGGCGUGUUGGCUCUGCUGGAUGAGGAGUGCUGGUUCCCUAAAGCCACAGACAAGACAUUUGUAGACAAGCUGAUCCAGGAGCAGGGCACGCACACCAAGUUUCAGAAGCCCCGGCAGCUCAAAGAUAAGGCCGACUUCUGCAUCAUCCACUACGCCGGCAGGGUGGACUACAAGGCAGAUGAGUGGCUAAUGAAGAACAUGGACCCUCUGAAUGACAACGUGGCGACACUUCUCCAUCAGUCAACUGACAAGUUUGUUGCUGAACUGUGGAAGGAUGAGAUUCAGACCAUUCAAAGGGCCUCAUUCUAUGACAGUGUCACUAGUCUGGAUGAGCCGGCAGUCGACCGCAUCGUGGGCCUGGACCAGGUGGCAGGAAUGAACGAGACGGCGUUUGGUGCCACCUACAAAACGAAAAAGGGCAUGUUUCGUACAGUGGGACAGCUCUACAAAGAGUCACUCACUAAGCUUAUGGCCACACUGAGGAACACCAACCCCAACUUUGUCCGCUGCAUCAUCCCCAACCACGAAAAAAGAGCUGGUAAACUUGAGCCUCACCUGGUUCUGGACCAGCUCAGGUGUAACGGAGUCUUGGAGGGGAUUCGUAUCUGCAGACAGGGCUUCCCCAACCGCAUCGUCUUCCAGGAGUUUAGACAGCGAUAUGAAAUCCUUACACCCAACGCUAUCCCCAAGGGUUUCAUGGAUGGGAAACAAGCCUGUGAGAGAAUGAUCCAUGCCCUGGAGCUGGACCCCAACCUGUUCCGGAUUGGUCAGAGUAAGAUCUUCUUCAGAACUGGUGUUCUGGCUCAUCUGGAGGAGGAGCGAGACCUGAAGAUCACUGACAUCAUCAUCUACUUCCAGUCCGUGUGCCGUGGAUACUUGGCCCGCAAAGCUUUCGCUAAGAAGCAGCAGCAGCUGAGUGCCCUGAAGGUCCUGCAGAGGAACUGUGCUGCUUAUUUGAAGCUGCGACACUGGCAGUGGUGGAGACUCUUCACCAAGGUGAAGCCGCUGCUGCAGGUCACCAGGCAGGAGGAGGAGCUGCAAGCCAAAGACGAGGAGCUGGUAAAAGUGAAGGAGAGGCAACUUAAGGUGGAAAACGAGCUGGUGGAGAUGGAGAGGAAACACCAGCAGCUCCUCGAGGAGAAGAAUAUUUUAGCAGAGCAGCUCCACGCGGAGACGGAGCUGUUCGCCGAGGCUGAAGAGAUGAGAGUUCGUCUCCUCUCCAGGAAGCAAGAGCUGGAGGAGAUCCUUCACGACCUGGAGUCCAGGGUGGAGGAGGAGGAGGAGAGGAACCAGAGCCUGCAGAAUGAGAAGAAGAAGAUGCAGUCGCACAUCCAGGACCUGGAGGAGCAGCUGGAUGAGGAGGAAGCUGCAAGACAAAAACUGCAGCUGGACAAAGUGACCGCUGAGUCGAAGAUCAAGAAAAUGGAGGAGGACAUUUUGCUCCUGGAGGACCAAAACUCCAAGUUUCUCAAGGAGAAGAAGCUGCUGGAGGACAGGAUCGCCGAGAUGACCUCCCAACUGACUGAGGAGGAGGAAAAAGCAAAGAAUCUCGGCAAGGUCAAGAACAAGCAGGAGAUGAUGAUGGUUGACCUGGAGGAGCGUUUAAAGAAAGAGGAGAAAACACGUCAGGAGCUGGAGAAAGCCAAACGCAAGCUGGACGCCGAGACGACCGACCUGCAGGACCAGAUUGCGGAGCUUCAGGCACAGAUAGAGGAGCUGAAGAUCCAGCUGGCCAAAAAGGAGGAGGAGCUGCAGGCUGCUCUGGCCAGGUGUGAUGAGGAGUCUGUGCAAAAGAACAAUGCUUUGAAGCAGAUUCGGGAGCUGCAGGCGCAAAUAGCUGAGCUUCAAGAGGAUCUGGAGUCUGAGAAGAUGUGUCGAAGUAAAGCUGAGAAACUCAAGAGAGACCUGAGUGAGGAGCUGGAAGCUCUGAAGACUGAGCUGGAGGACACGCUGGAUACCACGGCCGCCCAGCAGGAACUCAGGAGCAAGCGAGAGCAGGAGGUGGCAGAGCUGAAGAAGGCCAUUGACGAGGAGACCAAAAACCACGAGGCUCAGAUCCAGGACAUGAGACAGAGGCACGCCACAGCGCUCGAGGAACUGUCCGAACAGCUGGAGCAGGCCAAGAGGUUUAAAGCCAACCUGGAGAAGAACAAGCAGUGUCUGGAGAAUGACAACAAAGAGCUGGUCUGUGAAGUGAAAGCUCUGCAGCAGGCAAAGACUGAGUCGGAGCACAAGAGGAAGAAGCUGGAGGCUCAGCUGCAGGAGUCAUUGACCAGGGCCACCGAGGUGGAGAGAGCCAAGGGAGAGCUGGCCGAGCGCUCCCACAAACUCCAGACGGAGCUGGACAACGUGUCUACUUUGCUGGAGGAGGCAGAGAAGAAGGGCGUUAAACUGGCUAAAGAAGUUGAAAACCUGAACAGCAAACUGCAAGACUCUGAGGAGUUGCGGCAGGAGGAGACGCGUCAGAAGCUGAACCUGAGCGGCCAAAUCCGCCAGCUGGAGGCGGAUAAGAACAACUUGCUGGAGCAGCAGGAAGAGGACGAGGAGGCACGACGCAGCCUUGAGAAACAGCUGCAGACCGUGCAGGCUCAGCUGUUUGAGACAAAGAAGAAGUUGGAGGAGGAUGUAGGAGCAAUGGAGGGUCUGGAGGAGGUGAAGAGGAAACUCCAGAAGGACAUGGAGCUCACCAACCAGCGUCUGGAGGAGAAGACAAUUUCUUUGGACAAGAUGGAGAAGACUAAAAACCGACUGCAGCAGGAGCUGGAUGACCAGAUGGUGGAACUGGACCUCCAGAGACAGAUCGUGUCCAACCUGGAAAAGAAGCAAAAGAAGUUUGACCAGAUGUUGGCUGAGGAGAAGACCAUCUCUGCUCGUUACGCUGAGGAGCGUGAUCGCGCUGAGGCCGAGGCCAGAGAGAAGGAGACCAAGGCUCUGUCGAUGGCCAGAGCUCUGGAGGAGGCCUUGGAGGCCAAAGAGGAACUCGAGCGGUUUAACAAACAACUCCGUGCUGAAAUGGAGGACCUGAUGAGCUCCAAGGAUGAUGUCGGGAAGAAUGUCCAUGAGCUGGAGAAGUCCAAGCGUACGUUGGAGCAGCAGGUGGAGGAGAUGAGAACACAGCUGGAGGAGCUGGAGGAUGAGCUGCAGGCCACAGAAGAUGCCAAACUCCGCCUGGAAGUCAACAUGCAAGCCAUGAAGGCUCAGUUUGACCGAGACCUGCAGGCCAGAGACGAGCAGGGCGAGGAGAAGAAAAGAGCGCUGGUCAAACAGGUACGUGAGAUGGAGGCGGAGCUGGAGGAUGAGAGGAAGCAGAGAUCUGUGGCUGUGGCAGCCAAGAAGAAGCUGGAGAUGGACCUGAACGAGCUGGAGGGUCAGAUCGAAGCUGCCAACAAAGGCAGGGACGAGGCCAUCAAACAGCUCCGGAAACUACAGGCUCAGAUGAAAGACUACCAGAGGGAGCUGGAGGAGGCCCGAUCCUCCCGGGAUGAGAUCUUCGCCCAGUCCAAGGAGAACGAGAAGAAACUCAAGAGCCUGGAAGCUGAAAUCUUGCAGCUUCAGGAGGACCACGCAGCUUCAGAGAGGGCCCGUCGACACGCUGAACAGGAGAGGGAUGAGCUGGCUGACGAGAUCUCCAGCAGUGCUUCUGGAAAGUCGUCACUGCUGGAGGAGAAGCGGAGGCUGGAGGCUCGCAUCGCCCAGCUGGAGGAGGAGCUGGAGGAGGAACAGGGCAACAUGGAGCUGCUCAACGACCGCUUCAGAAAGGCCAACCUGCAGGUCGACACCCUGAAUACCGAAUUGGCCGCAGAGCGCAACACUGCGCAGAAGAGCGAGAACGCCCGCCAGCAGCUGGAGCGACAAAACAAGGAGCUGAAGGCCAAGCUGGCAGAGCUGGAGGGGGCUGUCAAGUCAAAGUUUAAGGCGUCCAUCACUGCUCUGGAGGCCAAAAUCCUGCAGCUGGAAGAGCAGCUGGAGCAGGAAGCCAAGGAGAGAGCAGCGGCCAACAAAAUCGUCCGACGUACAGAGAAGAAACUGAAGGAGGUGAUGAUGCAGGUGGAGGAUGAGCGUCGUCAUGCCGACCAGUACAAGGAGCAGAUGGAGAAGGCGAACUCUCGCAUGAAGCAGCUGAAGCGUCAAUUGGAGGAGGCGGAGGAGGAGGCCACUAGAGCAAAUGCCGCUCGCAGGAAGCUGCAGAGGGAGCUGGACGAUGCCACCGAGGCCAGUGAGGGUCUCACCCGAGAGGUCACCUCGCUGAAGAACCGCCUCAGGCGUGGCGGUCCAGUCAGCAGCUUCUCCUCCGGCCGCUCAGGCCGGCGCAACCUCAACUUGGACGGCGCCUCCGUCGAUAUGUCAGACGACGACGCAGACAGCCGCUCCGGCGACUUUAACGAGACGCCAAACACCAACGCCGAGUAACCGCAGCAGCAACCGUCUCUUUCCUCACCCCACCCUUUUCCCCAACUGUGUCUCGCCCACCCCCAAAGUCCACAUGGACUCAUCUCAAACCACUCAGAAGAUCAGAGCGAUGAGAUGUUUCUAUUCAAGCUGGGCGGAGCGUGCCUGGCAGCCCUUUUUUUUUUUUUUUUUCCAUCCGUCACCUCUGCAGGGAAAAUCCACCGCCCUCCUCAAGGAACGCCUCCGAUCCGGAGUGCCACGGGACAAACGGACACUUCUGCCUUACUCUGUUCUCCUCUGACAAGCUGCUAGUCCUGGCUCGUCCGUCAGCAUCAUCUCAGCGUAAUAACCCUUACACCUGCCCCGUCCCGCCCGUCCCAUCAGAAAUCAUCUGCUCUGCUUUUUAGGUACAAAGUGCUUUUUAUACAAACGAAACUCUACAUGUAGGUGAAGGUUGUGAGGUGUGCACACGUCACGUCCGUCAUGUGAUCGCGGCUCAUACUGGAAUGCAGGACUACAAGGAAAAGUGUCUGACUAUGGUGUUGUAAGUGUUCUGCUCACUCGUCAUGGAAAAGCCAUCUCUCACCUCACACGCUCCCUCCAUCCAGUGUUGAAUGACUAAAACCCCACACAAACCAAGGUCACUGUGGCCUCCGGACGCCAGCGCCGGCUGCUUUUGUUGCAUGAGUCUCCUUCUGACGAUGUUUCUUGUUCGGCUUUUACACUGCAGCACUUACGGGAACAACUAACAUCUCGGGACAUGCAAUAGAAAAACACAGACUCUGAAGUGAAAGUAUAUUACUGUGAAAACAAAACAAAACAAAAAAAAAAAGAGGUAUUAUAUUUUCUCUGUGGCUUCAUCUCAACAUGUAAUAAAAGAAUGUCUCGCUGGGUUUUAACUGGUUAUCUGAAGCUAACGACCUGUCCUGUGGAUUGGCCUGAGCCGCGAAUGAUGCACCGAUGCUGGAACGUGCACAGAACUGCACAGAGAAUUCAAACAUAAAGCCAACAAUGAGGAAAGAAGCUCAAACCGGAAGCACUAAAGCUGCACUCAGUACGACACUAAAUGGUUGUAAACACGUGCUCCGAUUAGAAGUGAAGAUUAAAACUAGUCACCUUAUCACCACAUUUACAGUGUUUGUGCUUAGCCUUGCUUUGUAUUACCUUUAAAUUGACUUUAUGCUAUGAUUUGGUAAAACAUAUACUGUAAAUAAAACUACAAAUUCAAGACUACAGACUUCAACAUUCAGCAAGCAUCAGCUUUUCUCCAAUCUUUAAGAAGCAAAGGUGUGAUUUAACAACACUCAACUGCUGUUACCGUAACAUUUUUAAGCCAGCACAGACAAACAGUCUCAAGUGCCUGAGACAGAUGUUCGUCUCCCCGGGCCAACCCAAAAACCUCAUCUCUCCAGAGCGUCCCGGGUCAGCCCUGGGGUCUCCUCCAGGAGGACAUGCCCAGAACACCUCAGCUGGCUUCUUUAUACGUGGUGGAGGAGAGAGCUCAUUACUGUCAUGUUCUGAAGAUCACAGAGGCCAUCUGAGAAUCUAAUACAGGCCAAACGUGGGCAAAAGUCCCAUAAAGAUGGCAGCAGGAAGCUCGUUUGACAUGUAACCCUGAGUAUUAAUGUCACCUAUAUUAAAUAUGUUAAUGAAACAGGCAUUACAGGCUGUUUUCAGCUCAAGACAAGUUUAAAAGUGAUCUAAAGUGUAGAUGGAGUUGGAAAAAGAUUCUGACUGUAGUCUACACUCCUCUCUGUAUUGCAAUGGUUAAGUUGCAUUGUGGGUAAUGUAGGCACCAUGAGGAGUAGUGGUGGUUUUAUUUCAUCAGUUUGGGUACAUUUAUUUUAAAGACAUCGGUCGAGUUCCCCUUAAAUACUUCUCGUCUGUGCUGGCUCCCAAUUUCAAAUAAAAACAGAUCUCGAAAGUUUAAGGAAAAUAUUUUUCUUUCUUCAGCAAAAUGAUUAACAGAGUGUGCUGAACAACCCUCAGAACAGCAGUAAAACACAAAUCAGCAAAUACAAACUAUAUUUUGCGACUUUAAUCCCAAAUCUUCAGACCACUGACUGAUCUAAACAAGCACUCAUUCUUCGUUCAUUACAGGUUGUCUGAAUUCAAAGGGUUUUUUUUUUUUACUUAGCUCUGCUUUAUCUCCAGCAGCCUCCACAGUGUGAAAACAACACGCCAGGGCUCCCAUAUCCAUCAAUGGCAGACUCCUGUGCCCCCCUCCCUCCUCAAACGUUAACACUAAACAGUAUGUUUCUUUAAAAGUGCCUUAGACACUAAAUAAGAACAUAAGCGGGCAAAGAUUCCUCACAGAGGUAACAGGUACAUCAAGAAGAAGAUACUCAACACUUCAUUUUGCUUUCUUUUCUUUCAUAUUGUCGCUGUGCUUCCUAUCAUCAUAUCCACCGUGUACCUCUGCGUUUGUAAUAUCCUCCUAGCUAGAGCGUGUGGGUCAGAAUCAGUAUUACAGUAUUAUGAUUAAACUAACAUGAGAAGCGGAGCCCUCUGCGGCCUCAUUUCCCCACGUUACUCUCAUGCUAAGCUCGUUUCUCCCCCUCAGGCGAAGGCUUAGCACAUUACUGUGGGAACUGAUGCGCUGCACAGGAUGCAAUUUGGUUGGAAGCUUUAACAUUCACCAAGUAGUUAACUCUGUUUUCUUUCAUUAUUAUUAUUAUUAUUAUUAUUACCCAGCUGGCUGUUGACAACCAGGCGUUCAACUGCAAAUACUCUCAUCAUUGUUAUUUCUUGUAUACCUGUAUUUCUAGACGGUGAUUUUUUUCUGUUUUUGUAAAAGGAAAAUAAAGCAUAUUCAUUGUAACUGUUA